AUGGAAGAUUGCAUUUUGGUUGUAACAACAUACUAUCCAACUAAAGUUGGUGCAUUUUCAUUAAUUGCAUUCGGUUUAGCAUCAGUUACAUUUUCUUCAAUCGAUAUAUCAACGACUCCUAGUAUUCCAGCUGAUGCUCAAUGGAAACAGAAUGGGGUAACUGCUGCUGGAGGCACUGGACAAGGUAAUGCGACCAAUCAACUCGACUCUCCUGACGGUCUUCUUCUCGAUGGAGAUCAAAUAGUGUUCAUUACUGACGUUAAUAAUCAUCGUGUCAUUCAAUGGAAUAUUGGUGAUACGAAUGGACAAGUAGUCGCUGGUAAUCAUGAAGCAGGAAAUCGAAUGUAUCAAUUGUAUGAACCAACAGAUGUGUUGCUCGAUAAAGAGACGGAUAGUUUUAUUAUUUGUGAUUCGCAGAAUCAACGAGUCGUACGAUGGUCUCGUCGUAAAGGCACGACCCAAGGAGAAGUUCUUAUCGGCAAUAUCCGUUGUUGGGGAUUAGCCAUGGAUGAUCAGAGAUAUCUCUAUGUCUCUGAUACCCUAAAUGAUGCAGUAAGACGUUAUCGAUUAGGAGAGAAAAUUGGAACUCUUAUAGCUGGUGGCAAUGGGAAAGGCGAUGGUCUCCAUCAAUUCAGUCAACCAAGUUACUUGUUCAUCGAUCAACAACAGACAGUCUACGUAUCAGAUUCCAACAAUCAUCGUGUGGUGAAAUGGAAUAAAGAUGCAGAAAAAGGUAUUCUCGUUGCUGGAAGUGGAAGCCAAGGAACUGAUAUGGCACAACUGGCUUUUCCUUACGGACUAUUCGUCGAUACAUUAGGUACUGUCUAUGUUGCAGACUCUGGCAAUGAUCGAGUAAUGCGUUGGCCUCAAGGAGCGAACCAAGGCACUGUUAUUAUAGGCAACAAUGGUAGAGGAGACGGGCCAAACCAGUUUAAUGGUAUCGGUGCUUUAGCCUUCGAUCGGCAAGGCAAUCUAUAUGUUGUAGAUUGGAAGAAUCACCGUGUUCAAUGCUUUGUAAUUCAAUAA